CUGCCAUUGACUUCUCGAUACCCUCUCAAUCGGUCGUUCGCAUUCCCGGCUUUUUUCUCUCCCUCGAAUUCAUCCACUCGCUCUAGAAUCGCCGCUCCGGUCGUUAGGGUCUUAUCGAAAUGGCUUCCACACAAGGCGUCAACGUCCUCCGUUACUCGGCUCUCGUUGCCGGUCUCGUCUACGGCGUUUACCACCAGUCCUCCAUCUCCUCCAGCGCCAAGCAAGCCGAAACCCAGCGUGAAUAUGCCCGCCAGGAGCGCCUGAUCCAGCAGGCCAAGGCCGAGUGGCAGAAGAAGACGCAACCUCAGAACACCCAGGCACAGAACAGCGGAGUCAUCACGGAUCCCGAAGACAGCCGGUUCGACCUGGAGGCUUUCUUGAAGAUGAAGGCUGGGGAGCUCUAGAUGUGAAAAGAAGUCCAGGGAAAGGAGUCAAGGAUGAGUGGCAGUCCGGAUAUACGGUUCGAUAGCCGUUUUUCUCGGGUGCCAGAACCGCGGUUGGGGUCGACCCCGACUAUGUACUAUUGUUUGGUCUAAUUUUCCAGAUUCGUGUCAUUGCGAGCGAAAGGAAUGAUGUUUUCUUUUUUUUCUUCCUCCUUUCUUUUUUUCCACCGUCUUCCCUUUUUUUUGGUUAUCAUAGAGAAUCCUCUCCGAGACUUGUACAUACCCUGGGCUGUCGUGCUUCCUGUACACUACAGUUGGACCAGAGCACGAGAUUGACGUUUGUUGCGAUGCGGAUCCCUUGUCCCGAUGUGUGUGCACUCUCGGAAAAGUUCGCGCGCUGUUCGUCCGUAUUGUAUUCUAUCGCUUGCUCUUUAGAUCGUCAAGGCAUUAAAAGGAUAUUUCCCG